GCGUGUGUGUGUGAUUGGUUACAGUGUGUGAGAAUUGACAAUCAAACAUCCGGUGAUUAGCUAUUCCAUUAAUGAAACAGGCAGUCUGUCUAUCAGUACUCAAUAUAUAAUUAAAGCAGCAGUAUGUAAUCUAUGUCGCUAUGCUUCACUUCCUAAGCAUAAAGCAACCUGGAUGGAUGGAUGGAUGAAUGGAUGGAUGACUAAAAACACAGGAGGAUACAUCAUUCAGAAAUGACACUGCAUCUUGGAUCAUACAAAAGGUGAAAACUCCGCUUCGUCCUUUAAGAGCAUGUUGAAAGCUUUGAUUGGACUUUGCACCCUCCAUCUCACAACUAUCUUUUUACUUUUUUGGGCCACUAUUGAUGAUGCUUGGUGGUUCACAAGAACAAUGUACACAGACCUGUGGGGGAGAUGGGUGAUGGAGAGAAAUGAUGAUGUCUGGGUAUACAUGGACAUUCCAACAUCUUACCGCAAAGAUUACUUGCAAGCAGUACAGGCCUUUGCAGUGCUGGCCUGCCUCUUUGCAGUCAUCUCCCUGUGUGUAUUCCUAUUCCAACUCUUCACACUGGGGAAAGGAAAGAGGUUCACAAUCUCUGGAGUUCUGCAGCUCAUGUCAUCUCUCUGUAUUAUGGUAGCCCUGGCAAUCUACACCGAUCACUUCCAUGGAGGAGAGAAGGAUGGCUGGUAUGGCUGGUCGUAUAUUAUGGCUUGGUUUGGCUGCCUGCUCACGCUAAUCAACGGCGCCAUCUACGUAAUCCUGCGCAAGAGGGUGGAUUAAAAUUACAGUGCAAAAGUUAAAAGUAGUACGGGCUAGUUAGCAAAAGUAAUCAUGCUGAUAGAUUCUUGUGCUUUUCACUUGCUAUUAAUUAUCCAUUUGGAACAAGAUUUUCUUUUUGUUUAGUUCCUGAUUAAAAAUAUUUUUUUAACAGAAAAGCUGAAUUGGCAGAAAAGAAAAAGAUUAGUUAAAAAUGAAGCAAUUAAGAUCUUCUGAUAGAAUUUUCAAAAGGUUCUAUAAUAUAGUGUAUAAAAUACAGGUCAAUGAACUCAAAAACCUACGCCCAUGUACUAUACUGGAUUAACUGAAGUUCUUUUGAUCAGGAGAGUGAUUCAGGUAUUUAUUAGAAGAUUUAUGAAAAAAAAGGUGUAUAGUAGUAUGUGUUUUAUAUAUAAAGUCACAGGUGUGUAAAUAUAUAAUAUAAAGUAAAAAUAUAUAGACAGACACUGUAAAAAUAUAAUUUUGAAAGAAUGCUAAUGGAAUAUUUUAAAGAAUGUUUGCUCAGAUACACUGAUUAUUUGUAAUUGUUUUGUCUCUGCAUUCAUUUUUGGUGUUCUUUUUGCCAAAGUAUCACUGCACAAAUCUGGGAUCUCGACCAAUAUAAAUCUAAUUCGUCUAUAUUUAUUUAUAGUCUGGUGCUGUAAUAUUUUGUAUCUUAACUGAAAAUUGCAGUCAAGUAUCUGCAUUCAUCAAACCAUACAAAAGAAAGAACUGAUGUGGCUCUGUAGUCACUGGACAUGUUUUUAUGAGAACCAAUGUUAUGAAAGCUCAUUAAAUGUUCAUGUCGUUGUGUUAUUACGCAGUAAAUCUUGGUUACUGUAAAGAGGAAUGUUGUACGGUUUAUUUAAUUUAAGUUGGAAAUGAUUAUGCUAGUAAAGUCUAUGGAGGAAUUAUAAUAAUGCUUACCGCUGAUGCUCGGAAGAGGUUUCAAGAAAUGCAGUUUACCAGGAGGUGAUUAGACAAGGCAUGGAUGAGUGUCAUGUUGAAAAAGUUUGAUGAUGUAGAAUAUGUAAAUAAAUCCAUUUAAAACAA